AUGUCAGGGUCCAAGCUCAGGGCUGCAGUUCUGAUCGUUUCCGAUACGGCAUCCCGCGAUGCCGCAUCUGAUAAGGCUGGCCCCGCUCUGACUGCCGUCUUUACUGCAGAGGAGCGAUCAAACACAUGGGAAGCCCCGGUUGUCAAGGUCGUGCCAGACAAUGUGCUGGACAUCCAGCGCGCGAUCUGUCAAUGGGCAGAUGGCGAAGAGUAUUUCAACCUGAUCAUUACUAGCGGUGGAACAGGAUUUGCAAUCAAAGACAACACGCCUGAGGCAGUGUCGCCUCUCAUUCAUCGCCAUGCACCAGGUCUUGUACAUGGCAUGCUUGCUGCCUCCCUGAAUAUUACUCCAUUUGCGAUGAUGUCCCGCCCCGUCGCAGGAGUUCGAAACAAAUCGUUGAUUGUUACUCUGCCAGGGUCACCUAAAGGUGCUAAAGAAAACCUCGAAUCGAUUAUCAAUCUCAUACCGCAUGCUUGUAUUCAAGCUGCAGGAGCGAACUCCCGAGCAAUUCAUGCUGGCGGGGUAAAGAAGCUUGAAGCGGAAGCAGGAGUAUCUCCUGUACAGCCCUCAAAUGCAAACCAUCAUCACCACCACCAUCAUCAUCACAGCCAUGCCCAUAAUCAUGCCCACGGACACGCUAUCCCCAAACCACAUACUUCCCCAGAAGACAGACCACGGUCCAAUGACCCGAAUGCCGGACCUACAAGACGACAUCGCUCGUCUCCCUAUCCGAUGUUGUCAGUGGACGAAGCGCUAAAGAUCAUAGUCGAGGAGACACCAAAUCCAUCUAUCAUCGAAGUCCCGGUCACCACCGAUCUCGUUGGAUCAGUGAUCGCAGAAGAUGUCUACGCUGGCGAGGCUGUUCCCGCCUAUCGGGCCAGCAUCGUUGAUGGAUAUGCUGUUAUUGCUCCCGAGUCCCCAUCGUCCGGAGCAAGCACAAAGGGCAUAUUUCCGGUGGCUUCUGUCUCCCACGCACAAGCCUCGUCCAUGCCACCACCUCUCGAACCGGGCACAAUCGCCAGGAUUACUACAGGAGCACCUCUCCCUCCUAACGCCAAUGCCGUGGUCAUGGUCGAAGAUACUGUCCUGGUUUCGACCACACCGGAUGGGACUGAGGAAGCGACAGUGGAGAUCCUAACCGGAGAUAUCAAGCCCGGCGAGAAUGUACGGGAGCCAGGAAGCGAUGUCGCAUUGGGCUCCAAGAUCCUCCAGAAAGGGGACCUCAUCUCCGCCGUCGGUGGUGAGAUAGGUCUUCUGGCAUCAACCGGGACAAAGACCGUCAAGAUCUUUAAUAAGCCCCGUGUCGGUGUCUUGAGCACUGGCGACGAGCUUGUUCCGCAUGACGAUCCAAGGACUCUCACCGGAGGACAAAUACGAGACUCUAACCGCCCAUCUCUAAUCUCGUGCCUGAGAUCCUGGGGUUUCGAGACGGUCGAUCUCGGAAUCGCCCGUGACACCCCGGCAAGCGAACUGGAGCAAGCUCUCCGAGGCGCACUGCGCGGUAUCAGCACUGCUGCUGGUGCUGGCGGAAACAUCGGUGGCGUGGACGUGAUAAUCACCACCGGGGGCGUUUCCAUGGGCGAGCUGGACCUGCUGAAGCCCACGAUCGAGCGCUCCCUUGGCGGGACAAUCCACUUCGGGCGGGUGUCGAUGAAACCAGGCAAACCGACCACGUUUGCCACGGUGCCUUUCAAGCCCUCCUCGGACGACUCUGCGCAGCAAGAACGCGAGAAGAGGCUCAUCUUCGCUCUCCCAGGGAACCCCGCCUCGGCACUGGUCACUCUGCAUCUCUUCGUGCUCCCAUCUCUGCACAAGUUAAUGGGCCUGGGCAGCAGCCGUAGCCAUAGCGCAGCAAAUGCCCAUGCCCGUGCCAACAAUCUAGGCCUCCCACUCGUCUCUGCCGUCUUGACGCAUGCAAUCCCACUCGACCCGAAACGGACCGAAUACCACCGCGCAAUCGUAACGGCGUCCCGCUCCGAUGGACGACUCUCCGCAACGAGCACGGGACUGAGCGGUGACCCUGGUGCCAGCUCGGGACAGCGCAGUUCCAGAGUAGGCAGUCUGGCAAAGGCCAAUGCCCUGCUGGUGCUGCCACCUGGAGAGGGGAAAAUCGAAAAGGGCCAGUUGGUAGAAGCGUUGUUAAUGGCGCCAGUUGUGUCUGGGGAGUAG